AUGGAGAAAGGGGCUAGCUUUGCUCUGGUGAUCAUGGCCAUGGCGGGUAUGGUCAGCACCUCGACGGCCCAGAACACCAUAGCCGACAUCAUCAACCUCCACAACGGCGCCCAGAGCGCCGUCGGCGUCCCCCCGCUGUCGUGGGACGACAACCUGGCGGCGUACGCGCAGAGCUGGGCGAACCAGCGCGCCGGCGACUGCAGUCUGGUGCACUCCGACCGCAACAACUACCAGUACGGCGAGAACCUAGCCGCCGGCCAGACAUUGACGGCGGCGGAGGCCGUCAACAUGUGGGUGGCCGAGAAGAGCUCGUACGACUACGCCAGCAACAGCUGCGUCGGCGGCAAGAUGUGCGGCCACUACACGCAGGUGGUGUGGCGCGACACCACCGCCGUCGGCUGCGCCGGCGUCGUCUGCGGCGGCAACCGGGGCGUCUUCUUCACCUGCAACUACUACCCGGCGGGCAACGUCCAAAACCAGAGACCCUACUAAUUAACUAACUACUCGAAUAUGAAUAAAUCAUCAUGUUGCAGACAUAUGUAUUGCCUGCAUUAAGUAUGUGAAAUGGUGUACUCUUCUUGAUUA